AUGGCAGCGACGAGCCGAGGCCUGCGCUGUCAAGACCCGUUGACAAGGAGAAACGUGCAUAGAGAAUGCCUCGAGCAGGCAUCAUACACCCCUCCCCCAAUCGCCACCGUCAUCCGCCCCAGACGUCGCGUUGCCUUCCUUCCCGUCUUGGCCUCGAUCUCGUACCUGCGCGGCCCCGGACUGGGCACUUCUGGGCAAUGUCUGGGCAAGGUGGCAGGCAUGGAGCGAAGAUGGUGA